AUGAUUCUAAUAUUUAUUUAUAUUGGAUUAGUAAUUUCUAAAGAAUUAGGUGCCCUGCUAGAGACUGUGAAAAACAAUGAAUACAGCAUGUCUAUCUUAAAGUAAAUGAAAUAGUACUUGACUGAGAAAAAAUCUCCUUAUGAAAUUCUUGUGUAUAUAAAUGAAGAGGAAGAUAAAUUGGUUUCAGAGAUAAUUGAUGAUAUGAACGACUAUCAAUAGGAAUAAUUAAUAAGUUCAUAAAAAAAAUAAGAAUUAAAAUACUAAAUGAUGCUUACUAAGUUUACCUCAGCAUUACAAGCAGAUGAAUUACUAUUGUUAUCGAAUGAAGCCAAAUUAUCAGAAGAUAUCAGAAUGCAAAGAGUGGAUCUACUCCUAGAAUUGGGACAAGUAAUCCCACAAUUAGAACAAUUGCUUAAAGAUGAAUUAACAGCAUUUGAUUUAGAAAACAGUGAACUUGCCUUAUUUCUUGAGAGUUUCAAUGAGUUCAUUCCUUCAAGUCCUCAAAAAUUGAAUGGAUAGAAACAGCAUUUAAAGGAGAAUCCUGAAGCCAUUCUCAAAGAAUUUAUAACUACAAAUACGGAUGACUCACCUUUUAACUUACUUAUAAGUUAAAUUUAAUAAAGUCAGGGCAACGGAAAUAUAAGCGAUGCAGUAUCCAAAAGCAGAGAUCUAGUCAAUGAAAUCUAGAAAUCACUAUAGUCAACGAUUAAAUCCAAAAAAGACUUGAUUGAAAAUGUUAAGCAAAGUCUCACUUAAGAUAAUGAAUAAUGGAAAUUAGAUAUUGCUUCUAUUGAACCUAUAGCUAAGAUUACUAAAGAGAAGCUCAAUUAGUUAUAAAAAUAAAAAGAUGAAUUGUAAGUGAUGUUGAAGCAUUAAUAGACCGAAUUUAAUGAGUUGUAAGAGAACAUCGAUAACUAUUAUACAUCAUAUUCAUCCAAGAGAUUGUAAGAUAUGAAUAAUCUAAAUAUCAUAAGAAUGAUUAAGUAGUUCUAUUCUGAACAUUUAGAUGUUCUAGAAGAUUUUAUGAAAUCUAAAAUGCAGUGA